ACUUUUCAAACCCUUUCUUUCUUUUUUUCUUUUUUAUUUUAGUUUAUAUUUUUUAUUUCGUCCAUCCGUGACGAUGUAAAUAAAUAUCGAGAAGAAACGAUUGUAACGAUGUAAGGAAUAGUGCGACGUAAAGACGUAGUAAAUAUAGUCAAAGUUGUAGAGGAAAUAAAACAGAGGAAAAAAAAAUAUUAUUACGAAGGAUAAAGAAACCUCUAAAGAGUGUAUGACGUGUAUUGUACUAAGCAAGAAAAGACGAAGAUAAACUAUAAUAAGUAAUGUUAUUAUACUGGCAAGAGCUGGGUACCCCAGUCGGGCCAAUAUUCGAUAAAUAUCGGUGCAGACAUCUUUUUCUUCUUCCGUUUUACGAGCGUAAAUACUUAUAUAAAUAUAUAUGCAUAUAUAUUUAUAUAUAUACAUAUAUAUAUACGUAUAUAUUUAUAUAUUUAUAUACAUAUAAGUAUAUUUAUAUACGAAGUGAGUGAUCCUUCUGUGUUUCUCAAGACGCCAUAUGCCAAGCUCGUAUAGGCAUCCUUGAUAUUUUCGAGAAUACAUAUAAUAAGCGAUUUCCAAUUAUUAAUACUAUUAUUAUUAUUAUUACUAUCAUUAUUCUUCUUCUUCUUCUUUUUAUUAUUAUCAUUAUAAUUAUGAGGUAAUCAGGAAAGUUUAAAGUGCCGUUUUUAGAUCUAUCUAUCAUUUAUCUCUUUUGAUUAAAACGACACGAAUCUUUCAUGAUUGCCUGGUAGAUAUUAUUAUUAUUAUAUGAUGAUGAUGAUGAUGAUGAUGAUGAUGGUGUUCAUCAUCAUUGGAGAAUGAGUGCUCUCGUGUUAGUUAAUCUUAUCUAGAUCGUAGAAACUUCGAAGAAAUAUUCAUCGAAUCUAACAUAUAAUGAAGAUCAUACAUACAUAUAUAUAUAUAUAUAUAUAUAUAUAUAUAUAUAUAUAAUGUAUAUCUCGAGAGAGAAAGAAUGAGAGAAAGAGAGCGAGAGAGAGAGAGAGCAUUUUUUACUCAUCGUUAUUUAUCUUCUCCCAUCGUUUUUCUUUUUUAUUUUUUUUCCUUUCUUUUUUCUUCUGUUCUUUUUCUUUUGGAAUUGCAAAAGAGUUUCUCUAUCCUUGAUAUGUGCAAGCAAUAAUAAUAAUAAUUAAUACGCUAAAGGAGAAUCGAUAAUAACGGCAACGAAGAUAGAACGAAUGAGUAAACGAAACGUGCAACCUCAACGGCAAUAAUGAUGAUGAUAAUGAUAGGAACGGGAUUAUUAGGAGGAAAAUUAACAUUUUUAUAUUUACACGUACGCGUACGCACACAAACACAUCUACACGUUUAUACAUACAUAUUCAGAUACAUACAUCGAUGACUCAGCUAUCGAUUUCUAUAUAUGGUCUUUCUCUCUACGCGAAGAAAAAUAAUAUUUUUAUUAAAAUAUUACCGAACGCGAUAAUCGAUAGGUCUUGACAGAGGUUUCCGCCAUUUUGAUAAUGAAGAAGAAGAAAAAAAAAAGAAAAAGAAAAAGAGAAACUUUAGAAUGAAAAAGAUAAAGGUGUUAGAUUUCGUAUGCAGUUUGUUAUAUAUAGACACGAUCACACACAUAUACACACAUACACACGUGUACAUAACAAUGAGAAAAAUUAAGAGCAAGGAACGAUCGGAUCGCGUGCGUAAUUCCCGAAACGAAUGUACAAAUAUUUUUGUGACUUAAGACGACCGAUUUAAUCGAUGUUCUUGUGUAAUAGUAAUAAUAGUCGAAAGAAAAUCUUGUCACUUAAAAAUGCAUACGUAUGUGUAUGUCUACAUAUGUCCACACAUGUCCGUGCGAUUCGGUGGGUGUUCGAUUGAACGAAACGAAACAAGAAAAAAAAGAAGGAAAGAGAGAAAGAAAAAAAUACAAAAUAAAAGAAAGAUCAAUUUUUAUCGUCAAUUCAUCUUCGUCGAAAAAGCAAUACAUACGUGUACUGGGAAUAAUUUAGGAAAAAAGAGAGAGAGAGAGAGAGAGAAAGAAAAAAUCGGAAAAAAAGAAAAGAAGACAAAAGGAGAAAAAAUGUAAAAAGAAGAAGAUGCGUAACUAAAGUCAAUCUAACUCGAUCAAUUAAAAAAUAAAAUUCAAUUAAUCAAUUGUCAAGAUCGACGCCUCGUCGAAUCGCCUAAUCGUCUAUUAUACAUCAAACGUCCGUAGAUUAUUUUCCCAUUCGAUCUUUUCGACGAUUCUUCCAUUGGAUCGUAAUAAUUGGUACGCGUUUCCCUUAAAACGAAAUAAUCGAAAAUGAACGAAAUAAUUCGCGAACUAUUGCAAGUACAAAGAAAAUCCAUCGGGAUUUCUAAUAUUUCGAAACGGAUCCAUACGCGAAGAAACGCGAAUAUCGAAUCAAAAGGUUUCUAAUUAUCUUCUAUGUGUGUAGAAACAUAAACAUAGAUACAUACGUACUUAAAUGCAAUGACGCACACAUCUCAACACAUACACGUAUAUGUAUCGAAACUUUUCGAAGUAAAGAAAAAGAAAAAGAAGAAGGGGUAAAAACAACAAAAAGGAAAAAGAAAAUAAUAUUCUCUCGGACAUGUAAUCGUUGAAUUAAAUAAUAUAAUCGUUGCUUCUCACUCUUUGAUGUCAAGGACUUUUCUAAUACGCUCUUUAAAUCUCGAGAACUUGUUGCGAAACAACGAUGAAAAGAAGGAAAUAAAGAAAGAAAGAAAGAAAAAUAAGAAAGAGAAGGGAAAUAAAAGAAGAGAAAAGAUUUUUCUCUCCAUUUGAGAAUCUUCGCAAAUCUCCUCCCUUUCCUGUCGAAAGAAAUUUUAAACGAGAAAUAAAAAGAAAGAAAAGAAGGUAUAUAUAUAUAUAUAUAUAUAAAGUUUCAUUCCAAUUCACCCCAUACUCGUUGAUAUUAAUUUAAACAUUAAGUAGUAGCAAACGCAGAAAAAACAAAACUAAAAUAUAAAGCAAGGGCAAAUCCGCAAGGAAGGGUUUUUGCUAUCUCUUUUUUAAUCGUAACGCGUGAAUUUUUCGUGGUAAGGUCGGAAUGAAAUGAAAGAACAAAAAUUGAUUAAGAACUUGCGUGAAAGGACGAAAGGAUUCUUAUUUGAAGAAUGUGAGAGAGAAAAAAGAGAGAGAGAGAGAGAGAGAGAGAGAGAGAGAGAAGUAUAUAAAAAGUGCCUACACCAAUAAAUUAUUCCCUAGCUUGUAUAAUGCGAUUCAACGAGUACAGAUAGUGUCAAUUACCGAUUAAAAAAGAUAAAGGACAAAAGAAGGAAAGAAAGAAAGAAAUAAUAAGAACGAAAGAAAAGCAAUAAAUAAGUAAAUAAAUAAAUAAAUAAAUAAAUAAAUAAACGAAUAAAUAAAUGAACAAAUAUUGCUUGAUCGAUUUAAAAUUUCAAAGAAACAUGAUUAUGUACUUCAUAAAGAGCAAAAGAGAGAAAAUGAAAAAUAGAGAAAAACAGAGAGAGAGAAAGAGGGAGAGAGAGAGACGAUAAUGACACUUUUGAGAGUGACAAUUGCGUCACUACGCUAUUACUACUAUUACCAUUAAUCAUCGUGCUUAUUACACACGUAUUGUUCUUGUCGUUAUUAUCUAUCGCGGAAAUACAGUUACGAGCCAGUCGUCGAGAAAAGGGUUAUCGCGAACUAAUUAUAGAGGGCAAAUUCAAAUCGUCUGAACGUUCUUCGUAAUAUAGCAUUACAUACGUAGUUUUAAGAUCAGAGAGAAAGAGAGAGAGAGAGAGAGAGAAAUAGUAAGAGAAUCGUAAAUAUAUAUAUACAUAUAUAUAUAUAUAUAUAUAUAUAUAUAUAUAUAUAUGUAUAUGUAUACGUGCGAUUUUUUUCUUAUAUAUACAUACAUAAAAAAAGAAGAAAAGUAAAAAGAAAAGACGAUCCUGUUUUAAAUAAAAUUUCCAAAAAAAUCACAGACAUGAUUUUUUAAACCAUUCGAGUCUCUCGAUCUAUGUAUGUAAGUUAUUAACUUGGAAAAUAGAGCAACCGAACGAACGAACGAACGAAUGAACGAACGAACAAAAAAGAUUUAAACGAAUUUAAACUCGUCCUCCCUGAUUGGUUCGGAGCAAAAGAUAAAAACGACCCCGCGAUAUUUUCGAAAAGAGACCGAUGUGAUAUUAAACAAAAAGAAGAAAAAGAAAAAAAAAAGGAAAAGAGAGAGAAAGGGAAAAAAAAAAAGGUGAACUUUAAUACCUUAAUAUCUUUACCUUACCUUACCUUAAAUGCAUAUUAUAAGUAAUAACAUGAUGUUGCAUUGUGAUAAGAAGAAAGAAAGAAAAAGAGAGAGAGAUAGAGAGAGAGAGAUAGAGAGAGAGAGA